UAUACCGUUUGAAAAACUAAGUGAGCUGCGCCAAUUUAUUCGAUUAAGCUUUUAGGGAGAAGUUCGUAAAACUAUCGAAUGUGACUGUGAAGUCUUUAUAUUUUCGUGUUUGGACACCGAAAAAAAUACUUUAUCGCUGCAAUAAUGUGGAAAGUUAAAUACUUAAAAAAAGUUGAAGCGUCUAGUUUAUUACGAAUGCGGCCGCGGGGUGGCGGGGGAGAUACUAAAUUUUGGGGUGGUUUACGCCUUUUCGACUUGUUUUUAAAGUGACUCUAUUUUUGUAUUCUUUUUCAGGGUUUACGGUGAACGGAAAUCGCUUCUUGGAUUUUCGAAUUACCGCCGAGCCGAGUCAGUCGAUGCAAGAGCUGCGCGUUAGGGCGGCUUCCCUCUGGCUGAAGGCGGACUUGAGGAAGCGGCCGCUCACCAGCUGCCAACAGUUUCUGUGGGCAUUUAGGGUUAAGGAAACGCCAAAUUUUUCGAAUAAGUUACAAAUUGAGGAGGAGGACUUCGGCACGCGCCAGGAGAUCGACUCGAAAAACAACGGCUGGCAGAAGCUGAACCUGACCGACACCGUCCGAAGCUGGCUCGCCGAGGGCGAGACGGACAGGCUGCGGAUCCUGAUCGACUGCAGCUGCAGCUGUCCGAGCGUCCACCUGCACCUAUCGGACGCGGGCGCGGAGAGGCGCGCGAAUCCGAACCGGCCGUUCCUCGUGAUAUACACCGAUCCAAAUAUAUCAAAGCGCGUAAGGAGAAGAGCGUUAGACUGCUCGCCCGAUUCGGGCAACCAAUGCUGCAAGCAACGAUUUUAUGUGAGCUUUAAGGAGUUGGGUUGGGACGAUUGGGUUAUCGCGCCGCAGGGGUACUACGCUAACUACUGUCGGGGCGACUGCGGUAAUCAUCGCACGCCGGACACCUACGUUACUUAUCAUACGCAUGUGAUAGAAGAGAUGAGAAAGGCGCAGCACCUCAGCGGAAUGCAGCCGUGUUGUGCGCCCUUAAAGUUUUCCAGUAUGAGUUUGAUUUAUUUCGGACCCGAAAGUAAUAUUAUUAAAAGGGACCUGCCGAAAAUGGUCGUGGACGAAUGCGGAUGCCCGUAGACUUGUAUUUUUAAACUUAGAUAUGGUGUUAUCAAAUUUAAAUGAAAUGAACUCGUUUAUAUUUCAUAGUUAAAAUUGAGGUUAGGUAAAUUUUUGGUAAGCAAAAUUACGAAGGUGGCGAGUGUUGUGUUCAAGUUUCAAAUAAGGUAGGUAUGAAGAUGGUGUUUUACAAUAACGGUCGCGUCUCGGUCUCGAUCUAUCCGCCCAGAUUGAAAAAGGACGCGGAUAGACCGAUACUGUCGGCGCUUGCGCUGGACUGUCGGGAUCCUAACCUAAAAUCAACUGACUAUUAACGCUUAACCAUACCAUAGUUGUUAAUUAGAAUAUUAAUUGUUUAAACUGAGGCAAUCAAAAUUUUGAAAAUUAUUGACACUUUCGCUUUUCAUUCCAUUCCUUCUUUCAUAUCAAGGGUGUGUUCGGUCAAGCUUCUUUUCAAAAUGUUGGUUACCUUAAGCGAAUUUGUGAUCAUUACGAAUUACCAGAAUGAUAUUUUGUUUUAUUUAAGUGUUGUUGUUGAUUACUAUACCUGUGAUUGUUUUUGCAAUAUUUUUAUAUUUUAUUUAUUUAUCAAGCGCGGGUUUCUCAACGCGACUAUCGGAUUGAGCACGUCGCGUCGAGACACCCUGUAUAAUCCACGUGCUUUUCGUAUUGUUUCAAACAGACUGUAAGAUAAGUGAAACAUUACGCAUGACAAUAACGAAUUAUUAAAAAAAAAGAAGAAAAAUUAAAUGUACUUCAGUCUACGCAAUAAUUCAUAUAUAGACGAACAAAUAAUUACUAGUCCAUAUUUAUCUUAUUCUUGUAGUUACACAGCUUUCAGAAUUGAGCAAAGUUUUAAGUGAAACUUCUUUACAGGGUUUUCCGUUUUUAAUAUUGUUACGUAGAGUUUAAAGUGAGAGGAAGUGUUUGUAAAGAGUUUCAUUUAAUUAGCAAUUACCCGCACUAUUAAGAGAGAAAAAAAAUAUUUGAAAACGCUCUGUUGCAAAAAAUAUACCUACAAAGUGUAUGCCUUAAUUAAGAAGAUACCUACCUAUAACGCUAAAGAACUGAUAAUUAGUUGUAAUUGUGGUAUUUAAGUUUCUUUUUUUAGUCCGAAACGGUUGGCGGUAACUGAUUGUUGCAUUAAAUCGGGCCACCCUGUACAUAACUGCGGAAUUUGAAGCGUUCCGCUAUCAAUGAAAAGCUUUAAAAAUUAAAUUAAAAUUCCAUUAUUUUUCGGCGACUAUUUCUACACUUCAAAGGGACUUAUUUCUGGCUUAAUUAGUAAAUUUAUUUUAUGUUGCUGAAUUAGCAAACAAAUAACGCUUAAACAUUUCUUUCAACUAUUAGCCUG